AUGUUGUCCUUGUUCCUGGGCCUGGUGGUUCCAACGAUCGCUUUCGGGAUAUGGUCUUUGCUAAGCUUGGUCUCUCACGUCGCUCUGGCCCGGUCCACAGGUCUUCCAUACGUGCUUGUUCCCUGUUCCUUUCUCGGAGGGGCGUGGCUUCUGUCCCAGCCCGUCUUGCUCCCCGUCCUCCGGCUUCUCCCUUUGUCCUGGACGCAGCAUUGGCUUCCUUUGCUGCAGUUCGAUAGGGCCUGGCACAAUGGCUACGAGCCCUUCGCUCGAGUCGGGGCCGACACUUUCCUAGCAGUCUCCCCAGGGGGUAUAAUUCUCUACACCUGUGACGCAGAUGCCUCCUCGCAGCUCCUCCAUGACCAGCGUUUUGGCAAGCCCGCCCAUUUGCUAAGCGUUCUGAAUCUCUUCGGCCCGACCAUCUCUGGUACCGACGGACCGGAGUGGCGUCUCUACCGUCGCAUCUCCGCUCCGUUCUUCACACACACAACGAUUCGCAAUGUGUUCACCCUCUCAGUUGCGGGUGGUAAGGAACUGGGCUUGGCUUUGACCCGGCAGUCAGCCUAUCUUCGGCUGCGAUCACUGACGGCGCGACUGUCACUGAACUUGCUCAGUCAGAUAUGCUUCGAUAAUCAAGGGCAGACUGACCUGGUCGACGCGUUGCAGUUCCAAGAGGAUCGACCGGAUCGACAUCGCCUUGGCUAUAAUGAGGCAAUGCAAACCCUGCUGGACCAUUAUACGACUGUCUUCAUAUGCCCUGGGUGGCUCCUUCGAUGGUCGCCAUCUCGGAACCAUCGCUUAGCUGUCACGGCCUAUGAAGAGCUUGACCGGUACAUGCAAGAUCUGCGCAUAACCAAAGAGGCCGAGCUGCUCGAGACCGACCUCAAGGGUUCCAACCAAGCGGACAAUCUUCUCGAUCGUUUCGUCAAGGCCAAAUUGACCCCCGCUCAGGUAACUGGGAAUAUCUUCAUGUUCAUGUUCGCUGGCCACGAAGCGAACGCCAACACCCUCACCUUCAUCAUCCUCCUGCUAGCCUGCCACCCCAAAAUCCAACUCGCCAUGCAGGCGGACCUAGAUCGCAUUCUUGGAGACACUCCUCCUGAUCGCUGGUCCUAUGACACCCACCACCGCGCCCUCAUAAACAGUCUCGUCGGCGCCGUGAUCCACGAAGCCCUGCGUCUCUUCCCGCUUCUGCCCGUCCUACCCAAGUGCGUCCCACUUCAUUCGCCAGGCAUUCCCAUUCGUGUCUCUGGCGAGUCGCAUAUAUUACCACCGGGGACAGUCGCCUUUGUCAACACGAGUGCCACGCACCAACAUCCGCGCUACUGGCCCCGGCGCUCGGAGGACCGCGACUUUGACCCUUAUCGAUGGCUCCACGCGGACGUCAGCGGGCAGGAGAGCGAUGAACCAAAGCCCGAAUCGAGAUUUCUCACUCCGCUGGCCGGCUCCUUUCUUCCUUUCUCGGAUGGCAGUCGUGGCUGUCUGGGGCAGCAGUUUGGGUUGGCUGAGCUCUGCGCUGUCGUCGCUGUGCUCUUUAAACACCAUUCGGUUCGUCUUUUGACUCGCGAGGAAGAAGACGGGAAGGGGGGUGAUGGGAAUAGUGGUCGGUCUGUUAGGGAGCCGGAUACUUGGUCCAUGGCCAAAGAACGCGCCGAGCUGGCGAUGUCGGAGGGUGUGGAGUUCACGAUGAGUUUGAGGAUCGCUCGCAAUGUUCCUCUGGCGUUUGAUCGGAGGGAUUCACGGUGA